CCGUGGUCCAGGACCUCCCGUUGGAGCUGGCCGCACCGGCCUCAUCGGCCUUCUGGGACGACUGCUGACCUCGGGAUACCAUCGCCGCCUGUUGCAGCUUUCAUUCCGUUGAUUUUUAAUGGAAGAAUUGGUUUUGGUCAAUAGCUAUAUAAUAGAGGCGAUCCUCGGUCUUGGAAUGAUCUUCCUUUCCCACCAUCACCACCAUCGUUCAACCCCGCCUUCUUUUCUUUUUCCUAGGGUUCACUCUGGUAGUGUUACCCCUUCCUUUCUCUUCACAAUCCAUUCCAUAUCUACAUUCAUUUACUUGUUUUGACCUGCCCUGGUGGUAGUCUCCUGUAAUUCGGGACCCUAAUAUCAUUCUUUUACCCACGCAAUACAACAAGCUUGUCCCUGUUCACUCACAGACUUCAAGUUGAAUUCCCAUCACAAUGCAACUGCAGUCCACCUUCGGCGCCUUUUUGGUAGCCUUCACCAUGGUCCACGGCGCCCCAAUAAUGACCGAUCAAGAUCCAGCACUCGCAGUGAUCGACUAUGAUGGGGCCCUAAACCCUGCUGAUGCUGGUAACAUGCCCAUCGCAAACGAUCCCAAGAAGCCAUCUAUAGACAACUGGAAGGCCCCAGACAUGACCGAGAUCGUCGCCAGGGGCCCCAAGAAGCCCCAGUCACCGCCCAAGGGCAGUCCAUCCGGCAAACCCGCGGGAGGGCAGCAACAACAGCAGCAGCAACAGCAGCAGCAGCAGCAGCAGCAGCAGCAACAGCAGCAGCAGAAUGGAGACGGCAGCUCCCUGGGCAAGGACAUCCUCACGCACACCACGUCGAACGUGAUCUCGGACAGCAUCCUGAACGGCGUCAACGAGGUAAUCUACUCAGAGGACGCAGAGGUCCCAGAGGAAGCAGAGGAAGCGCCAGCGAAGCGCAGCCCAAGAGGAGGAGGAGGCGGCCGGGGUGGAGGCGGCCGGGGCCGCGGCGGCGGAGGCAGCAAGCCGAAGCCGAAGCCGAAGCCUGAGCAAAAGGACGUCGACCUCGAACCGUUGCUGGACAUCAUAUCCACCGACGACCAGCCCGUGAGCGAGGACGCAGAAGCCACCCCGGCACAAGCCGUCAAGCGCAGCCCCAGGGGCGGCGGCGGGCGCGGCGGCGGCGGCCGUGGCGGCGGCGGCGGGGUCAGGCCGAAGCCGAAGCCCGGGACGGAGGACGUCGACCUCGACCCGGUGUCGGACAUCCUCUCGCUAUUUUCCUCCGACGACGAGCCCGCGAGCGAGGACACAGAAGCAUCCUCAGCACCCGUCAAGCGUAGCCCCAGAGGCGGCGGCCGGGGUGGCGGCGGCCGGGGCGGUGGCCGAGGCAGGGGCGGCGGCAAGCCCAAGCCCAAGCCGAAGGCAAUGCCCGAACCAGACAACGUUGACCCCGGGCCGCUGCUGGAGAACGUCGACCUCAAGCCGCUGCUGGAGAAUAUCAACCUGCCAGUGGAGACCUUCCCAGACCCAGACACCCAGCCCGCCAUGGGCGAGGAAGCAGAAGCAUCACCAGGACCAGCCGACGACGUCCUACCCGCCAACAACCAGACCGUCAAGCGCAGCCCCCGAGGCGGCGGCGGCGGCGGCCGAGGAGGCGGUGGUGGUGGCGGACGGAGCGGCGGCGGCAGCCGCGGCAAGCCGAGCAGCAAGCCGAGCAGCAAGCCGAAGCCUGACGUCGACGUCGAGUCGCUGGUGGACGUCCUCCCGACCGACGAGAUCCAGAGCCUCAUCGAGGACACCGAGGGUGCGACCCCGCCACCACCACCGGGGGCAGGGGCAUCGAUCAUCAAGCGCAGCCCCAGGGGCGGUCGAGGAGGCGGCGGCGGUGGCGGCCGGGGCAGGGGCGGUGGCGGCAAACCCAAGCCGAAGCCCAAGCCCGAGCCGAAGCCAAAGCCUGAGGACAAGCCCAAGCCUGAGGAGAAGCCCAAGCCCGAGGACAAGCCCAAGCCUGAGGACAAGCCCAAGCCUGAGGACAAGCCCAAGCCUGAGGACAAGCCAAAGUCCGAGCCCGAACAAAAGGAGAUCAACCUCGACCCGCUGGUGGAACUCAUCCCGCCGCCCGAUAUCCUCCCAGACACCACCGAAAUCACCCCAGACAACACCGAUGUCGUCCCCGACACCCUCAACAACAUCCCAGACACCACCACCGAGGUCACCAGCCCCAAGUGCAGGGACAGGCGCAGCGGCAACGUCAACGUCACCCAAGUCUACGAUGAUGAAGGAACUAAAGUGAUCAUGUCGUACCCGCCCGGCGACUCGCCCCUCGAGAAGGGGGCGCAAGGGCCGGACACGCCCGACGACUUCGAUGAUUGCGAAUGUGUCCUGUGUGGCCAGGGUGAUAAGUAG